AUGAUUGAACCCAAAACCGUCAACGUUGCUCUGGAUCACUCUGAUUGGGUGCAAGCGAUGCAAGACGAGCUCAAUGAGUUCGAACGAAACAAAGUUUGGAGGUUAAUUCCAACUCUACUUGAAGCAUUAGUUGUUGGUUUGAAAUGGGUUUUUCGCAAUAUGCUAGAUAAAGAAGGGAAUGUGAUCAGAAAUAAAGCGAGACUUGUUGUCAAUGGGUAUUGCUAUGAAGAAGGAAUUGACUACGAAGAAACCUUCGCACCUGUUGCAAGGUUGGAAUCUAUUUGCAUCUUCUUGGCAUAUGCAGCAUAUAAGAACUUAGAAGUAUUUCAAAUGGAUGUCAAAUGUGCAUUGUUGCACAACGUACUUGAAGAGACUGCAUAUGUGGAGCAACCACUUGGGUUUGUUAAUGAGAAGUAUCUCAAUCAGUGA